AUGGAGCAACAGCUUGUGGGCUCCCUGGGGACUCGCAGCACAAACCCAAACACAGGCCCUACACAGCGGAUCCGCGAUCGGAACGGACAACCGCACCACCCCGCCAAACUUCGCCGAGCUGCCAUAUUCAUCCGUGACAUCCCAUCCAAAAGAGGAAAAACAGAAAACAACAUAGAAGGCUGGGCCGUAAACCUGAUCCCUGCCUCCCGUGGAACAAAAUCGUCCUGGAACUUCACGGUGCUGAGCGGGGAGACCGCCUGUGUGCUGAACCGCUGUCUAGAGCCCACUGCUGUGCAGUGGCCAAACUCACCGGACAGCACAAAGUCACGGCACAAAUUAAAGAGCUGCGAGUUUACUUUCUCACUAGAAGACGGUUUGGAGACCUUUGUGAAAGUGGACAUCAUGGUUCAGGACAUUAACGACAACAAACCUGAGCUGGUGACGGACGACAUCUUUGUGUGUGAGAACGACCGAGCAAACUCGGUGCUGGGGACUCUGCGAGCCACUGAUAAAGACGAGCAGCCGCCUCCUUCAGCUUCAGUCUGGCAAGUCCCAGCUCCAACUUCUCUGUCCGGGACCACGGCAAUAAACGCAGAAGAAACGGCCCCGUGCCUCUCAGAGAUUUCCCGAGGCCCUGGGGAGGGGGGGAGGGGGGGGGGGGGGGGGGGGGGGGGGGGGGGGGGUGAGGUAGUGGUGAGGGAGGGGGGGAGAUGGAAGAGCAGCAGAGGAGAUUGUGGAGGAUGGAUAACAGAGUCCGAUGUACACAGUAUUUAUGAUGCACAGGUUCCUGGGUCUGAAGAUUAG